AUGGCUCAAUACGCGGAAGGGCUGGAGUUCCUGCUCCUGGAUCCUGCAUUGCCAAAGCAGGCAGUGAAUAUGAAGAAAAUGGAGAACCUGAAGAGAAAGGUGGAUUGGAAGAAGGAGAAGAAGCAGAAGCUCGUGAAAAAGCGGAAACAUGCAGAGCCGAUGGAUGUCCAGUACCCAGCCGUGCUGCGGCAGUGCCUGGGACCUCGCUGUGUGAAUCCCAACCGGCCAGGCUCCAAGUACUGCUCAGAUGACUGUGGCAUGAAUCUGGCAGCUGAACGCAUCUAUGAGAUCCUGCCCCAGCGUAUCCAGCAGUGGCAAAACAACCCCUCCGUUGCUGAGGAGCAUAGCAAGAAAAUGCUCGAGAACAUCAUCCGUGAGCAGGAGGAUGUCCACACCCACCUGAAGUACCUGGAGCGUCAGUACCAUGAACUUGAGGCCAUCAUUCUGCGUGGCAAGCAGCAGGCUAUAUGCAAGGAUGAGGAGAGCACAAAAGUUAUCACAGACAACGUUCAGCAGAUCUUCUGUGUCUCCUGUGGGAAAUCCAUCACUAUGCGUGUCGCUCUCCGCCACAUGGAGCACUGCUUUGCCAAGUAUGAAUGCAAAGCGUCCUUCGGGUCCUUGUACCCCACUUGCAUUGAGGGGUCCACAAGGCUCUUCUGUGAUGUUUAUGACCCAAUGAGUAAGAGGUACUGUAAACGGCUCCAGGUGCUAUGCCCUGAGCACUCAAAGGAUCCCAAGGUAUCCAAUGAUGAGGUGUGUGGUUGCCCUCUAGUGCACAAUGUCUUUGAACCCACUGGUAAUUUCUGCUGCCUCCCCAAAUGCCUGUGCAUCCACCACUAUUGCUGGGAAAAGCUGAGGCGUGCCGAAGUGGACCUAGAGCGUGUGCGAGCGUUGUACAAGCUUGAAUUGCUGAGUGAGCAAGAGCACAAGGUGCGCACAUCUAUGAGGAACCGGACAGGUCUGCUGGGCCUGAUGCUUCACCAGACAAUCCAGCAUGAUCCGCUCACCAAUGACCUGCGCUCCAGACAGGACAACUGA